ACUUACCCACACUGGGAUAUGGCCGUAUCUGUUUCUCUGCAGUGUUUGGGGCUCAUCAUACUUGCUGCCGUCCUCCUGCAGACCAUCGCGGUGUCCGUCAGUUUCAUGUACUUCAACCAAGUCCUGAACACGAUGCAGGAGAGUUUCUCCAGAAGCAGUGUGUCCUGUCUGAUUGACGCAGAGCUACACCCCAAGUCAGAAGAGGACAAGAGGAGCGACCCCUGCUGGCAAGUCACGCAACAGCUCCACAACCACAUAGAGAAGACCAUGGCCGACCGUUUUCAGAAGGAGAUAUCCUCUACAAUGAGAGAUAAGCUGACAGGAGUGAUGCCUGUCCUGAACCCUGGAAUCCGAGGGGUCCCUCUUCCUAAAGUCGCUGCCCAUGUGACCGGUGUUAUCUCACCCACAGGACCCCAAACAGCAGAUGGUUCGAGGAGCAGCAGGGGGUACAUGGGGGAGCGGAUCAGAGCGUGGGAGGGCCAGAGAGGUCUGUCCUUCCUGCAGAACAUGGAGCUGAGGGAGGGAGAGCUGCUGGUGGCGCGAGCAGGACUCUACUACAUCUAUGCCCAGACGUACUUUAGACUGCUCUCCACAGGGGGAACCGACGGGGAGGCCAAGGGGGAGACAGGGGAGGAGGAAGGAGCACAGCUUGUGCAGUAUAUCUACAAGAAGAUGAGUUCCUACACGGUGCCCAUCCUGCUGAUGAAGUCUUCACGGAGUGCCUGCUGGCCUCGAGGUCCCGAGCCCGGUCUUUUCUCCCUGCAUCAGGCCGGUACUGCCUUUCUACAGCCUGCAGACCGCCUCUUCAUCAGCGUUAGCAAUGCCAGCGCCAUGGAGAUGGACGGGAGGGCAAGCUACUUCGGGGCUUUUCUUGUCGGCUAAAAAGAAGGCGACCUCGGAGGGAAGCGUCUUUGCCGGGGAAGAUUUGAUAAUAGACAUCAUCAGGUGCUAACCAAAAAUGUCAGGGGGUUUGCUCGAUAAUACGAGCAGCCGACUGAGGGUGCAAGAUUGGUGCAGAAGAAUGGACCAUGAGGAGUGCAAAUGAGUCUGACUGGUUCAGAAUGGCAAGGGAGACGGGCUGGAGAGGUUGUGAUCAGACCUCCCACAGGUUAUUAUUUGCUCUUAAGGCGGGUAAACAAAGUGGACUGUAUAACAGAGCUAACAAGGAUUGUGUGGUGCAUUCAGUGUAAGCAGGACAAAGGAUACUGAAGUACUCUGAUGUGUGCGUGACCAAAGGGACCUGCCUUUUCCCGCAGGUUAGAAAGUGGACAGUUCAUCCCAAGGAAACGGCGAUACACAACAGAUGUGAUAAAUAUAAAGAACGCCUCAAGAUAAGAUUGUAGAUAUUCAAUACUAUGAAUGAAGCUUAUUUUUUAAGUCGACUUCUUAUGGCUGAAUUUCCCUUUUUAUGUAAUAUGUGAAUGAACAUGUGGGCUGACAAAUGUCCCGAGGCCUUCAAAGAAAAAGCACUGAUGUAGUAUGAAUGGAGCGAGUAUUUAAAAGUGUGUUCAGACCAUCUGUGUUUAUUUAUCCAAUGGAUAUCAAUCUUUACUGUAAAGUGCUGGAAAGAUUUUAUAAAAAAUGAGUUGCUAUCAGAUCAAAUGUGGAAUUCCUCACGUUUGCGAGGUCAUGCUGAACUUUUCAUUUUGUUCCACCACUUCUUUAGCAAUACGAGCUACAGAAAAUGAGUGCAAAAUAAUGAACCUAAACAUAAAUGUUGAAUUUGUAAAA